UAUUUAGCGACAAAUAUGACGAAAAAUCUUUGUCGCCACCCACUUUGUCGUGAAUGUCGCCAAAAUAAAGAUUUGUCGUCACCUUUCUGCCACAUUGACGACAAAACAAGCACUAUGUCACUAUUUUUGUCGAAAAAAAGAUUUCGGUCUAGAAAAUUCUCAAAUCAAAAUUUUUGGUUUGGUCUAAUUUUUGAUUGACAAUUCUCUGUCAAAAUUGAGAAAAUUAAAAGAAGGCUCCGUCAUAGUUGUUGUAAAUAUAUUUAUAAUCUAAUAUUAACUUUAACUGUUACAAGUGCUUGGACGAGCAAGAGGGCAAGUGGAGAACAAGUUAAAGGAUUUCGGAGGAUACUUACCACUAUACAAAGCAGCAGUUAGAAGUGAUUGGGAAGUAGCUAGAAAGUUCUUAGAUAAAGAUCCUGAAGCCUUAUCUGCUAAGAUUACAAGAGCGUCAGAAACUGCACUGCACAUAGCUGUUGGUGCAGGAAAAAACAUCAAAUUUGUGGAGUCAUUAAUAAAGAAAAUGUCUCCUGAAGAUUUAGCCUUAACUGAUCAAAAUGGGGAAACUGCUCUUUCUGUGGCGGCUGUUGUUGAUAAUCUUGAGGCUGCAAAAUUGCUGGUGAACAAAAAUCCUGAAUUGCCUUAUAUUUUUGGGAAAUCAGGGUUGCCUAUUCAUAGGGCUGCACAGUUUGGUCAUAGGGAUAUGUUUUUGUAUUUGUUGAGUGUUACAAGAGAUGAUAUUGAUCCUUCUCCUUUCAUUGGAAAAUCUGGUGGGAUGCUUAUUAUUGCUGUUAUUACUGCUGAGUAUUUUGAUAUUGCUCUCAAAUUGGUCGAGCGCUACCCAGACAUGGCCACAACCGAAGUACCGGAUAUGGAUUCCCCCUUAACCGUGCUAGCAAGCAAGUCUACAGCUUUUCCUAGUGGACAAACACCCACCUAUAAUCCCGUUAAACUUAUUUGGAACUGCUGGCAAAAAAAACAAAUACAUCGUAAUGCAAUUUUGCUUACCAGGAGUUUGAGUGACGAGAUUUUACAAUUAGAUGAUGCGAAAGCUUUUGAAAUGUUUCGAGAACCGCUACUUAUUGCAGCAAAAUUAGGCACUCAUGAGAUUAUAGAAGAGAUUGUAGAAGCAUUUCCUCCGGCGAUUUGGGCUUCAGAUGAUGAGAAUCGCAACAUAUUUGAAUUGGCUGUCUUGCAUCGUCGAGAAAAUGUUUUCAAUCUUAUAUAUCAAAUGAGCAAUUACAAGCAUUUAAUAACAAGGCACACCAACAAAAAUGAUAACAAUAACAUAUUACACUUGGCCGGCCAAUUGCCAAGUCCUGAUCGACUUAAACUUGUCUCGGGUUCAGCAUUGCAAGUUCAAAGAGAGCUGCAAUGGUUUGAGGAAGUAAGAAAAUUUGUAGAGCCUGCUAGAAAAGAAGCAAAAAACAAAGAUGGAAAAACCCCAUGGAUGGUUUUUAGAGAGACACACCAAGACUUAAUCAAAGACGGAGAAAAAUGGAUGAAAAGCACAGCAACUGCAUGCACAGUUGCCUCCACACUUAUAACAACAGUAGUUUUUAGUGCAGCAAUUCGUGUUCCUGGCGGCGAAUCGAACGAUGGAUACCCCAAAUUAAGCCACCAUUGGUGCUUUCGCGCAUUUGCUGUCACAGACUCAGUCUCUCUUUUCACGUCAGUCACUGCCGUUAUAUUGUUUUUGUCAAUCCUAACUUCUCGAUACUCUGAAGGAGACUUUCAUCUAGCUCUUCCUAGGAGGUUGAUUUUUGGAUUGAUGAUGCUUUUUAUUUCGAUAAUAAGUAUGACUGCAGCCUUUAGUUUUGCAAUCUACCUUUUGUUUGGAUAUCACAGGUCUAUAAUUGUGAUUAUAGUGGGUGCUUUGGCUGUAGUGGGAAACUUGGCUUGGAAUAUGUUGCCUUUACUUUUCCAAUAUUUUAGAUCUACUCUUUGCUGUGGCAUUUUUGGGAAGCAAAGCGAUCGUAUACUUCAUUGA